AGCACUCUUCCUCGUUCAUUUUUUGCUCUGCGUAAAGUAAGUACGAGUUUACUGUACGUAAUAGGCUACUUCAUAUUCGUAGAUUCUUCUUGUUCCCGAUCGAACCGAAGAUGGAGCAGAAAACAAUAAAAAUGAAUCGCAUCGAAUUGUGACGAUUCGUACUGUACCGUACGGUAUUCCCCUAUCGUACAGUACAGUAUCGUAUGAUACCGUACUCGUACAUUACGUACCGAGGCUAUUUUAUCAAAAGAAACCGCGUUCGAGGAAACACCCCUCUCGAACUGCAAUCGAAACGACCCCGAGAGUCGUUUCCCAUUGCAAGCCCUUCUCGCAGAAGAGGUUUUGUCUGGAAUCCUUCGUGUUUCCUCCCAAAAACACCCAUCCACACACCGUGUGCUUUCCAGAGUUGUCUCCGCACCCCUCUUUUCGAGGAACGGGAAGGAACGAAACGAAACAAAACAAAACAAAAGGACGACACCGAUCGGCAUUCACCACGGAAAGGAGAAAAAACAGGGAGAGGAGCAAAACGCGCCGAGAAGAAACCGGCCGCGCACGGGAUAGGUACGAGAGACCGAUCCGACCGUAGGCGCUUCGAUUCGAAUUGAUUCGAUUCAAUUCGAUUCGAUCGAUCGCAAGGAACGCGUUUUAGGGACAUCGGGUCUGAAGCGGAUUGCGAUUGCAACCCUCGAAACAGAGAAUGCCCUUUCUCUUUCCGGCCCUGGCCGCAGCCAGCUGCGACGUUUUCAUCCUGUACCUCGGGCACCGGAGCUACCUCCUCGAACAGCGAUACAGCGCUGGUAGCUACGAUGCCGAUGGCUACAACCACGACGAUGCCUACGCCUCCGACGACAGCGUUGCGGCCCACCGCAGGGUCUACCACUACGGGUACAUCGUCUGGCUGGCGGCACUGAGGCUCGUCCUGCUGCUGGUCCCCCUCCCGUACCACUCCUUCUUUGGGAAGGCCCUCCGCUGCCCGGUCCUCUACCGGCUGGUCUACGGGGGGACGCUGUGCGUCGUGGUGGUCCACGGGCUGGCGCUCCUCCUGAUCGAUCCGCAGAGCUUGGGGUCCCUCGCGACGGCGAUCGGCAACAACGGCGGUGGCAACCGCAGCGACACCCUCCACCACAUCCUGGUCACCCGCAGCCUCUGGGUCGCCAUCCUCCUGACCCUGGUCUCGACCCUGAGCCACGUGGCCCUCUUCUUCCACGUCCGGUCGACCGCCCCCUCCGAUGCGGACUUUCUCGCGGGGGGCCGGCGCCGGCCGAGGGUCCUGCUGUACUACGCCAAGCAGAAGAAGCCCCCGAAGCAGCACCACAACGGCGAGCGCGUGGGCCUCCUGAGCGGGAGCGUCGCCGGGGGAUCGAACCACCGCAACCGAAGCAGCGGCAAUGGCAAUGGCAACAGCAACAGCAACGGCGGCCGCCCCCUGGUCAUCGGCCUCCCCCUCGGCAGCAGCGACAAAGAACACCAGCCCCCCCCCGCAGACGACUGCAAAGACUGCGACCACUACGACUACAACGACCACUGCGAGGGCGACGACGAUCCCGCUCUCUUUGCGGGCUCGUGGCGGCCGGGCAACGCCUCGGCGUCCGCCUCUGCCUCCAACCGGGCCUUUCGCACCUUUUCCCGCAAGGUCAUGCUCGAGAUCCAGGUCCGCCUCCGCAAGGCCCGGGCCGAGUGGACGGCCCGCCUCGAGGAGUACCAGAUGCUACAGCAGGCCCCCCUCCUGGCGGGCGGCUCGGGAACCGGCCACGCCCACGCGGCGGCGGCGGUGGCCCCCUUCCGGGUCCUCCUCGAGCUCUACGCCGGGGACAACCACCACCGGUUUUCCAGGCCGCGCGGGAGCACCGGUGGCAGCGUGGGCAGCACCAGCACGGGCAGCAGCAGCGGGACAGGAAGCCAGCCCCACCGGCACAGCCCGAUCGACAGGCUCGGGGCCGCCUACGACCUGGACAACGGGGAGGCCCUCAUGCCCUUUGUCCCGCAGCUCCUCUCCUUUCUGCUGCACGGGGCCUACGAGUCCUCCCACCCGCUGGAGGAAUGGAUCCUCCGGGCCUGCCGGAAGAACCUAUUCUUCGCCCACAAGUGCUACUGGUUCCUGAGGGCCUGGUCCCUCGGGUCCACCACCACGGGCUACAUCCGCAGCAGCGGCAACACCGCCAGCAGCGGGAGCAACGCCACCGCCGACGCAAACCCGUCCCCCUCGCGGACGCAGGCGCAGUCCCACACACACGAGGCGGCGGGGGGGAUGGUCUCCCGUCUGAGCCACUCGAGCAGCCUCGCGAGCUUUGCCACCCAGGAGGACGAACCCCCCAUGGCGGCCUCCCGGCUCCUACCGGAGGAGCGGGCCGUCAUCGAGGACCUCCUGCGGCGGAUCAUGGCCUGCGGGGAAACCCCGGCGAGGCUCCUGCACGCGGGAGACGCGGGCAGCGGUGGAGGCGCCAGUGGAAGCAACAGGCCCUCCUUUCCCUUUGGGGCGUCCCCCCCGGAGGCACAAACGAACGAGGCCUUGCUCUCCCCCCUUUCGCGGAGCCUCUUUCGGGACGAGGACGGCGACAGCGAUGGUGACGGACCCGACCAUUUCCAACCUCCGCAGCAACAGCAACAGCAACAGCCGCACCACCACUUCCACCUCACCCCGGCGCAGGCCGCGGCCUCGGGCCUCAUUCCCACGAACCCCCUGACGGGAGAUCCGUCCCAGAGGCACUUUGACUGCCUCUCCGCCCGGCGGAGGCACGGCUUCCUGCCGCUCGACCACAACCCGGCUGCCGCUGCAGUCCCCAGCGGCUCCUGCUUCGACUCGACCCCCGUCUUUAUGGACGCCCUGGUUACGAUCGCCGACAACCUCUUUGGGGUCCCCCGCGAGCAGCGUGCCGCCGAGCUCGCCAAACAGCUCUCCCUCCUGGAGGUCGAGGCCCUCCCCUGCAACGAGAUCUACGUGCCCCUCCAGAACCUCCAUCACCGGGUCUGGAGGAUCGUCGAGGAGGAGUCCAUCGCCAUUAGCACCAAGGAGCGGGUCCCCUGCAUCGUUUGCCUGGAGGUCGUCGACUACCGAUCCGGCGGAGGGGCUUCUGGCUGGGCCGGAGGGGCGUUGUCCCCUUCCGGUGGCAGCGUUGGUGCCACACAGGGCGUGGACCCCCUCGCUCCGGGAAGCGGCAUCGCUCCGCCGUCCCAGCAACCGGCGCCGACGUCGCUGCUCCAGCCGCCGGCCCCCAGCGAGCGCGAGCUGGUGGACCGCUGGAGGAACGCCCCUCGGGAGCCCUACCGGCGGGAGACCACCUUUCACAAGAUGAAGCACGGGAUCAUCAUGGGCCAGAAAAUCUCCAUCUCGGAGCUCCGAAACCUCCAGCCCAACAUCCACAAGAUGAAGGCCUCGAUGCAGGAAAUGCAGGAGCACUUUGUUCACAGCGUGGCAGCGAGGAUCCGCCUGCCCAGCGACGAGGGACGGAAGGAGGAAGACCGAAGCGAGGCCGAGGAGGCCGUCGAAGCCGGCCUCGACCGGGAGAAGGCGGUCCUCUCGUCCGAGGCGGCAACGAGCUACGGCGGGGCCGAAACCGGGGACGGGCCGAGCUCCCCCACCCCCAAUGGUUCCCCGCUGCAACAGCAACAGACAUCCCAGCCGCUGUCACCGAGAUCCCCCCGGGCCACGAUCCAGCAGGGAGCGAUGGGACAGUGGACCAAGUCGCCGGCGCCUCGAAAGCACCACGUAGCGGACGUUGCGGAGGCUCUAUACGGGGCCGCCCCCGAGGAUCUCUCGGCCCCUGCGACCGGCAGCGGUUACUACUACCAACACACCACCAUCAACGACCACAUUGGCGGGGGAAGCAACGUCAGCCGGCGGCGGUUCUCGCGAUCGUCGUCGGCAAACAACGAACCCCACCGGCACGGAGGAUCCGUUCCUUGUGCCGAGAAACCUCUGGACGAAAGCACGUCGUCGGGCGGUGGCUCGUUUUCCAACGGCCUCGACUACGAUUAUGACGAACACGACGACGACGAGGAAGACGAACGCGACCGCUAUGGAGGAGGCAUGCGCCACAGGGAUGGCGGCCCCGGGGAGGCCUCGUCCCACCGCAGGCGCAAGCACCGGCAUCCGCCAACUAAGCCGCCUCCCGUCGUUUUCAAGGAGAACUGGAAGGAAAAGGAAGACCGGCUUCGGUCCUCCUCGGCCUACGGGCACCACCCCGGGUGGAGGCUUCUGCCGGUCCUGAUCAAGUCCAACGACGAUCUCCGACAGGAACAGCUCGCCUCGCAGCUGAUCCAGCGGAUGGCUCUCAUCCUGGCCCGUGACAAGAUCGGCGUCUGGCUCUGCCCCAACGAGAUUCUGGCGCUGGAGGCGAACGGCGGGAUCAUCGAGGCCAUCCCCGACACGAUUUCCCUCUCCGCCCUCAAGAAGAACGAUCCCGACUACACGGACCUCAACGGCUUUUUCGAGCAGUAUUUCUGCGAGGACGACGCCCUAGCGGACGCCAAGGCCAGCUUUUGCGAGAGCCUCGCGGCCUACUCGAUCGUCUGCUUUUUGCUGCAGAUCAAGGACCGGCACAACGGGAACAUUCUGCUGGACAACCGGGGCCACAUCAUCCAUAUCGACUUUGGGUUUUUCUUCCUGUCUUCCCCGGGCAAGAACACCGGGUUCGAGAGUGCCCCCUUCAAGCUCACCCGGGAGUUUAUGGGCGUCCUGGGGGGCCCCGAUUCACACCUCUUUGCCGUCUUUCGGAACCUGUGCUACCGGACAUUUCUCUCCCUCCGCAAGCACUGCCACGAGAUCAUCGUGCUUGUGGAGAUGCUCCAGCUGGGCAACGAAGAGCUGGCCUGCUUUCGGGGCCGCCCCGAGGACGCCAUCCACGAGCUCCGGCAGCGAUUCCGGCUGGACCUGAACGACCGGGCCUGCCUCGAGUACGUCAACGCGCUGAUCGACGAGAGUUUGGAGAACUGGAGGACGAACUGGUACGACAGGUACCAGAGGUACUGCGUCGGGGUGCUGUGACCGGACUCUACGCAGUGAACAAAAGUAAGGAAGAAACGAAGCAGUCGGUUUACAGUCAUAAAUGCUACAUAAACGC